UUCUUGUUGGUUUUUUGGAGGAAACACUGACAGUACCACUCAGUAUAGUGCAACACGAUAAUAUUGACAUUGCUCAUAUUCUUAAAUCUUAGAAAUAGCUGCCAUUUUUUGUAUUUGUAGGCCAAAAUGAACAUGGCAUGUGACAGCUUUUGUAUUCACCUAUGAUCAGGUCAGAUACCUGGCGUCUGUAUGCCGAAUAAUUCAAAGACCACUUCGACUGUCAAUUAGACGACGGAAGGCACAUUAUACUUGCCCGUGCUCAAAUCUUGAAGUCCGUUCACUUUAGGAGCAUCAUUAACAUCAUUAGCACUGAACCUGAUCAUAGCUAGAAGAUGAUGUAAAUCCACUGCGACGGAACAGAUUCAGCACAUGUUUCUAGCCAAGCAGGCGCGCUGUCAAGGAGAAGGGGCGGUCUUUCCAGGCUACAGUAGCUUUUCUCUCUGUCUUUCCCGUAUCCCAGAUAGACGCAACAUGAACUGCACAGUAGGAGCUUCUGCAGUGCCAUUGGAGAAAUAACCUUCUCAUUGGUUCCUGGCUGGUUCCCCUCCCUCCACAUGGCACCGAUGAUUGGUCUUUGAAAGGAAGCCACUCCCACGGGGAUUAUAAGAUAUCUCCGGUCGUCUGGGAGACAGCCUGCCCAGUCUGUCAGAUCAAGACUUGAGAAUAGCGAGCCGCACCUGCCCAGAGCGUGGAGGCGCAGCGGGUUUUUGGCGGGCGAGCACUGGCGGAGCGUUGCCCCGAUCGUAGCGGUCGCCCCCUCGCCGCGGCGGCAGCGGCAGCGGCAGCAGCGCCGCCAUGGCGGACGUGGUGCAGAUGCACUUCACCACGGUGGACUACGUGAUCUUCGUCAUCCUGCUGGUGGCCUCGACGGGCAUCGGGCUCUUCUACGCCUUCUCCGGCGGGCGCCAGCGCACCACGCGCGAGUUCCUGCUGGCCGACCGGAGCAUGAGCUGCCUGCCCGUCUCCCUCUCGCUGCUCGCCACCUUCCAGUCGGCCGUGGCCAUCCUGGGGGCGCCCUCGGAGAUCUACGCCCACGGGACGCAGUACUGGUUCCUGGGCUGCUCCUACUUCCUGGGGCUGCUCAUCCCCGCGCACAUCUUCAUUCCUGUUUUCUACCGGCUACAGCUGUCCAGCGCCUACCAGUAUCUGGAGCUGCGCUUCAACAAGACCGUCCGCGUCUGCGGGACCGUGACCUUCAUCUUUCAGAUGGUGAUCUACAUGGGCGUGGUCCUGUACGCUCCAGCCCUGGCCCUCAAUGCAGUUACAGGAUUUGACCUCUGGGGGGCCGUGCUGGCCAUGGGACUUGUGUGUACCCUCUAUACAACACUGGGGGGGCUGAAGGCCGUGAUCUGGACGGACGUCUUCCAGACGAUAGUGAUGUUCGCGGGACAGCUGGCUGUCAUCGUGGUGGGGACGCACCAGGCGGGGGGCAUCAGCGAGGUGUGGAGGAAGGCCCAGAACGGGAGCCGAAUCGCGGGCUUGGACCUGAACCCUGACCCGCUGGAGAGGCACACCUUCUGGACGCUGGGCGUUGGGGGGGUGUUCCUGAUGCUGGCCCUGUACGGGGUCAACCAGGCGCAGGUGCAGAGAUACCUGAGCUCCCGAACGGAGAGGGAGGCCGUCAUGUCCUGCUACGUGGUGUUCCCCUGCCAGCAGAUCGUCCUCACCCUGGGGUGCCUGAUGGGGCUGGUGAUGUACGCGCGCUACGGCGAGGACAGUCCGCUGGACAAGGGCUACGUGACGGCCAACGACCAGAUGGUGCUGUAUUUCGUGAUGGACGUCCUGCGGGACCUUCCCGGUCUGCCGGGGCUGUUCGUGGCGUGCCUGUUCAGCGGCGCUCUCAGCACCAUCUCCUCGGCCUUCAACUCCCUGGCGACGGUAACCAUGGAGGACCUGAUUAAGCCCUACUUUCCUGCGAUGACGGAGGCCAGGGCCACGCUCCUGUCUAAGGGCCUCGCGUUGGCCUAUGGCCUUGUGUGUCUGGCUAUGGCGUACCUUGCGUCUCUGAUGGGGUCAGUGCUGCAGGCGGCACUCAGCAUUUUCGGGAUGGUGGGCGGUCCGCUUCUCGGCCUGUUCUGUCUCGGAAUGUUCUUUCCGUGGGCCAACUCCAUCGGUGCUCUGGUGGGAUUGGCUGCCGGUCUGGUCAUGGCCUUCUGGAUCGGCAUCGGGAGCUUCCUCACGCGCGUCGGCCCCCCCGCCCCCCGGCCCCCCUCGUUCAACGUAACCACGGGCAACAUGACCACCGAGGUCAUGACGACUCUCGUCAGUGCCGUCACCACCGGCAGGCCCAGGCCUACGGGGCUGCAGGCUCUCUACUCGCUGUCCUACAUGUGGUACAGCGCUCACAACUCCACCACCGUGGUGGUGGUGGGACUGAUCGUAAGCUUCCUGACAGGUCCAAUGAAGGAGAAGGAUGUGACUCCGGGCACCGUGUACCCUGUGCUGGGGAAGCUGCUGUUCUUCCUGCCCGAGCGCUACAGGGAGAAGCUGUGCUGCGUCACCCCUCUGGGGCAAAAGGUCAAGACGCUGGACACGCAGCCGUAUAAGAUGGCGCAGAAGGAGAGCAACGGCUUGGCCCUCCCGAGAGAGGACAAGACUGAGGAUGAGCAGGAGCUGGAGGAGGAAGGGGAGGUGACCCAGCCGCCGCCCUGUCGCUUAUCCCACAUGCUUCAGGAGACGGCGUUGUGAUAUCGCCACACACACACACACACACAUGAACACACACACACAUCAUACACACACGCAUAUUCUCGGACUGAACCCGUCCGUUCCCCUCCAGGUGGUACUAAACCACAGACGGACACGUUUCCCUCACAGCAAAAAAGCCUGAGGCCUUUUGCUCUGACCACUUCGUCCAGAGUCUGUGUGCAUGUGCGCUACCCGUGCACGGUGUGCUCGUGCAUGACGAGUGGGGGUCAUAUGUGACCCCCCCCCCCUCCCCGUUUCCCCUCAAACCCACUCACAGCACUGGUCUGCGGUUUUGUGGCCGUUUGCACUGAAAGAAGUCGCACAAAAUCUCGCAGUUCAGCCGGUGUGUGGUGAAGGAGGUGUGAGCUGCCAAAAAAAUAAAAACUCUAGCAGUAGAGGUGGAACUUUGGUACGAUAAACUUUACUGUAGAAGAAGCCAUCAUGUUUAGAGCCAAGGGCCUGCCGCCGGACAGAUUUAGGACCCUGGACUUAAUUAACUGAGCGCUUGUAGUCCUUUUGUUUGUUGCUCGGUGUCUUUGAACUUUCAUCUGUCACUCUGACAAUGGCGGCCAUUUUGAUUUGUUAGACGCACAACUCAGUGUUGGAUCUCCACUGUGAUCGAGUUCACAAGUUCCGUUUUUAUAUGUUGCAGCCAAGGGGCGAUUCGGACCUUCGAUGUAAUUGUGUCUUUGUAUUCUUUUUUUUUUUUCUUUGUAGAGAAGAAAGUUAAAUGCGGUACACAGUUGUAGCAAAAUGAUAAUCUGAAGACUGAGGUUCUGUGUGUUCUCUAGGAAACGUGGUUGAAUGCACUGAGCGUCAGUUCAGUUAACAAUGGUACGGUUGGUGUUUUGAUUCCAAAGAAUGUUCGUAUUCAUUUGCUUUACUUUAGACUGUGAUGUCAUUCUGUUCCAAGCUGCUAUGAGUCACCCCGAUGAUGUGUCAUACGCUGUGCCAUGAUGUACAAGAAAAAAACAA